GCCCGCGGUCCCUCACAAAAACAAAAACGUUCAAGAAAAUUCGCGACUUUGGAAUUAUCACUUAUUUCUUCCUCUAUUCUUCUCUUCGCUGCUCGGAAAUUAAGGAAGGAAGGAAGAACUAGUUGGGAAAGCUCGUUAAGUGAGGUCUGUGGUGGAAAUUAAGUGAGAAACAUCGUUAAAAUACAAGAGGAAGGAAUCCCCUAAACCAACAUGGCUCGAAAUGCAGAAAAGGCAAUGACAACACUGGCCAGAUGGCGAGCAGCCCAGGAAGGAGGGGGACAACAGCAGAAGUCACGGAGGCCAUACCUCGCCUCCGAAUGCGAGGAUUUACGAGAGGCUGAAAAGUGGAGAAAUCAAGUGAUAUCAGAGGUUGCUCGAAAAGUUUCACAGAUUCAGAACGCUGGCUUGGGAGAGUUCAGAAUCAGGGACCUGAAUGAUGAAAUCAACAAACUGCUGCGUGAAAAAGGCCAUUGGGAGGUCAGAAUCAAGGAGCUGGGUGGGCCAGACUACGCUCGUGUUGGCCCGAAAAUGACCGACAUGGAUGGACAGGAAGCUCCAGGGAACAGAGGGUACAUGUACUUUGGAGCCGCCAAAGACCUGCCAGGAGUGAGAGAGCUGUUCGAACAGGAACCUCCAGCUCCUCCUCGCAAGACCAGAGGAGAGCUGAUGAAAGAUAUUGAUGCAGAUUACUACGGUUACAGAGAUGACGAUGACGGCGUUCUCAUACCACUGGAGAAGAAAGCGGAGAGAAAAGCCAUUAAAACAGCUGUCAAGCAAUACACGGACAAGAAACUGUCAGCAUUGUCGGACAAUGCGGAAGACGAGGAAAUUAAUGAAGAAGAACAUCAAGAGGAGGAAAGUGAGGAAGAAUCGGAUCAUGAAGACGAACAAAUGUCUUUAGAUGAAACAGAUGAGAGAUCAGAGGUUCAGCGAUUCAUGGCUCACGUGCCCAACAUCCCAACACAAGCAGACAUCGAAGCGGCACUUGUCGAGAGAAAGAAACGGGAGUUGCUACAGACUUUCUUGGGUGACUGAAAUCUAAGGGGGGGGGGAGUGCAAUGUUAACCAGCAUUUCAGACAUUAGUACAACUGUUGUGAAAAAAUUCAGGAAGGCGUUCAAUUCAGUAAGCUGAGAUUACUGUGUAUAUUGAGGUAAAGAAAAUGUUUAUGUAUUGAUUUAUUCUUAAUUUGAUUAAUUUAUGGCACUGAUUGUGCUAUGUGUAUUUACGUUUUUUUUUUUUUUUUUUUUUUUUUUUUUUUUUCCUUUCUCUCUCUUAGGCAGUACUUAAAGAGGUAGAAAAGCUCAAUAAUGAAGAUUGUACUAGUAUUUUUCACAUUCAAUGGUAUUGGCAAUUGCAUGUGCUGUGUGAAGAAAGAUUUGAGAAGUAAAAUAACCAAGAUUAUAUAUUUCCAAGUAAAUUAAAAGACUGAAUUGUUAAGAAUGUUUCUGGUAUCCCUUCAUUAAUCACAACUGAAUAUUGUCUUUGAUAGAGUCACACACAUGACUAUGCAUAUGCUCAGAGAAUUAUCAAAUAUGUGGCAGUUGGUUUAUUUGCUAUUGUGAGACUUUGUGAAGAUUAAGAUAUUAAUAAGUUUUGUCUUGUUGUGGUUUGUGAUAUAGAGUAUUGGAAUUAUUUGAGACCAUACCAAAAGAUAAAAUGAACAUCAAGCUGAUUGGUGUCCCCAGUAAGUGUUUUUAUGGGUGUUUAUAUGUAUAUGUACAACCAAACAUUAUUUUUAUAAUUUUAGAGGAAAAUAAUAAUACAGAAAAUUAUGAAA